AUGUAUAUCAGGGUGUACCCUAUCAAGGAGGAGUUGAUGCAGAGACAGGAAGUGCAGGGUAUUCGCUUCCUGUUCCUGGUUGGGGGUUUCGCUGAGUCGCCCAUGCUGCAGCGGGCGGCCCAGAAUGCUUUGGGGCAAACGUGUCGCAUCAUCAUCCCUCAGGAUGUGGGUCUGACCAUACUGAAGGGGGCUGUGUUGUUCGGACUGGACCCCACCGUGGUGCGUGUGCGCCGUUGCCCUCUGACCUACGGCGUUGGGGUUCUAAACCGCUUCGUGGAGGGUCGACACCCCCGGGACAAACUACUGGUCAAGGAGGGCCGUGAUUGGUGCACCGACAUCCUCGAUAGAUUCGUCUCCGUUGACCAAUCGGUGGCUUUAGGCGAGGUCGUCAGGCGGAGCUACACGCCGGCUAGAUCCGGUCAGAGGAAGAUCAUCAUCAAUAUCUACUGCAGCGUCAGCGACGACGUCGUUUACAUCAGCGACCCUGGAGUCAGGAAGUGCGGCGCGAUCACUCUGGAUCUACCGGAGGCGUUGCCGGGGUCGGUUGACGGGGCGGAAAGGAGAGAGAUCCGAGCCACAAUGCAGUUCGGAGACACAGAGAUCAAAGUGAUGGCGGUAGACAUGGCGACCAAUCAGACGGUCCGAGCCGCCAUCGACUUCCUUUCAAAUUGAGGAGACUGAGUACAAUGUCAAAGGGUAAAGAAGGAGAAAGUAGGAAAUGGACCCACGUGGAAUAGGUCCGAAGUGAAAGAUCCAGGAUCAAUUAAAUGUUUUAAUAUUGAGUUAUGGCAUGAUGUGACAUUUUAAGUGACUACAUGACCUUCGAACUGCUCAACAUCACAAUUCCUUUUUUCACAUCGAAACAUCUCAAUCUGAUCUAGGAUCAGGUCCCUCUGGGAGCUGCCUGAAUAUAUUGGGCUUGGUGGAGACCACUGCCGAAUCCUGACCAAUCACCUUGAAUCAUAAAUAACCACUCAUGAUUACUUGUAGAUAAGUCAGUCAGCAUUUACCCACAAUGCAUCACGGAUCAAAUCCUUGCUCUCGAACAUGGCUAUAGACUCUUGCCUGUAUCUAGUUCCAGUGCCUCCGUCUUCAAGUCAACUGAUAAUAUAAUAAUAAUAAUACUAAUGUUUUUGUUGUAGUGCCACCUUGUGGCCACUGGAUUGAAUGACCAGCUGAACAAGCGUUUUACUUUCUCUGUAUGGAGAAAUGAACUGAACUAUGGACUGGUUGUGACGAGGACUGACAGAAAUAUGCUAUGAAUAUAUCUGAACCAUUGAUUGUAUACGCUAGUAAUUUAGACCUUUUAUAUACAGUUGCUUGAAAGAAAUGUAGGCUUCUUGGAAAAACACCAAAUAAGGUAUGAUCACAACAGUAUUUAAGUUGUGUACACAGUACAUGCAGAUGUCCUGAUGGAUCCUGUAUUUUAUACCCUUCUCAUAUGAAAUAUUAUCAUUUUAUGUAUAAAGAACUAUCUUAAGAAAUAACCUGUCUAUAGCUUGUUCAUCGAAGAUAACCAUAUUAAUUGUCGGUUGAAGCUAGAAUCCUUAUUUUGCUAGAAUCCUUAUUUUGCGCAUUUUUUGUCAAAAGCUAAGGGACGGGCUUGGGAAAAUGUAAGGACUCAAAACCAUAGACAGAGCUAUGUAUAUAAGGAUGGACCAUCCAUGAUAUCAAAUGUAAUAGUUUUAACCAUGUUGAGGCUAUACACUGCAUUUACAUUGUUAACACACAUUGCGUAAAAGAAGCUCAUAUUUUGGGCUCUGAUCAAGUAAGAUAGGUGAACUGAAGCUCAUAUACACAUAGGUCAUAGUGCAUUCAGCAAGUAUUCACACCCAUUGACUUUUUCCACAUUUUGUUGUGUUACAAAGUUCAAUUAAAAUUGAUUUGGAACUU